UUUACUAGGGCAUGCUUUCUACGUUUUUUACCAAACCAAAGCCAAAACCAAAAUCAAAUCAGCGAGUGAGUGUAUCAAUUCACGUCUCUCUGUAACGGAAUCAUCGACGAUGAUCACUCGAUUGAAUUCACGUCUUCAUUGUUUCAUCAAUCUCACAGGUAAUUUCAUCACCACCUCCUUCCUUCUUCCUUCGUCUUCCAGAUUAGGUUUAGAAUUCAGUCCUCACUCCACUUCUUUAGCUUCUCUUCUUCACUCCACUUCCUUUUCAAAUAAUGGGGAUCCUCCUCUGUCCAGGUAUCAAAAAGUUACCAGCUUGGAUGAUGCCUUUAACCUGUUCGAUGAAAUGAUCCAGAGAAAACCCCUCCCAUCUGUUAUCAAGUUUAAUCAGCUGUUGAAUGCUGUUACCAAAAUGAAACACUUUUCUUCUUGCCUUGAUCUUUUUAAACAAAUGUGCGUUAUUGGGGUUCCAGUUAGCAAGUACUCUAUGAAUAUUGCAAUCAAGUGUUGUUGUCAGAUGUCUCGCACCAACGACGGCUUUGCACUCCUGGGCUGUUGCUUCAGGCGAGCUGUUGUCCCAAAUGUCUUCAUAUUUAGUACACUCUUAGAUGGACUCAUUCGUGAAGAUAGGAUUAUUGAGGCUGAGAGGCUCUUCAAGAAGCUCAUCAAACAGAAACUAUGUGAACCUGAUGUAGUUAUGUAUUCCACUAUGAUCAAAGGGCUUUGCAAGUUUGGCAAUAAUGAUAUUGCCAUUCGUUUGCUUAGGCUUAUGGAUGAAAGCGGCUGUGAGCCUAAUGUUGUUAUAUAUAGCACCAUCAUUGAUAGUCUCUGCAAGGACAAACUGAUAGAGGAUGCUUCCAAGCUUUUCAAUGAAAUGGUAUUUGCCAAAGGAAUUCAACCAGAUGUCAUCACAUACAACUCUCUCAUUCAUGGCCUUUGUAACUUAUGUCGUUGGGACGAGGUCUCUAAGCUGCUAAAAGAAAUGGAGGAUCUAAGGAUCUCUCCUGAUUUGCAUACCUUUAGCAUAUUAGUUGAUGCACUUUGCAAGGAAGGUAGGGUGGAUGAAGCGGAGGCUGUAAUAGACAUCAUGGUUGAGAGACGUGUGGUUCCUGACAUAGUGACAUACAAUACACUUAUAGACGGUUACUGUCUGCGAGGUGAAAUGACCAAAGCAAGGACACUUUUUGAUUCACUUACUUCUAAAGGUUUCGUCCCUAAUGUUGUUACUUAUAGCAGUUUACUGAAUGGGUAUUGCAAGAGUUUGAAAAUAGAAGAGGCCAUGCAUUUGUUUCAUGAGAUAACAAGAAAAGGUUUGAAACCUGAUAUAGUCAGUUACGGUGCCAUGUUACAGGGUUUGUUUCGGGUCGGACGUUGUGGAGCUGCACGCAAAUUCUUUGAUGGGAUGCGAGCACAAGGCCUUAUUCCAGAUGAAUGCACUUACGGAAUAAUAUUAGAUGGCCUUUGCAACAACCAUCAAGUUGAAGAGGCGCUCUCUUUGUUUCAUCUGGUUGGUGAUAGCAAGCUAAAUUCUAAUAUCGUGGUGUACACAAUCCUUAUUGAAGGUGCUAGCAAAUGUGGGAAGUUUGAUAUUGCAAGGGAUCUUUUCCAAGACCUAACUCUAAAAGGUUUGCAACCUGAUGUUCAGACAUAUACCGUGAUGGUUAGUGGCUUGUGUGGGGAAGGUUUACUAAAGGAAGCAAAGCACUUGUUUCGUAGAAUGGAUGAGAGUGGCUGCCCACCAGAUGGUGUUACUUACAAUGUUCUUCUCCAGGGAUAUCUUAAGAAGCAGAAUUACGAUGAUGUUGAGAUGCUUUUACAGGAAAUGGAUGGAAGAAGGUACUCACUUGAUGCUUCAACUUUAUCGAUGUUGAUUGAUGAAAUGGCAGCUGGUUCAGUAGAUAGAAGUAUGCUUAAAUUGAUAGGUAAGCUUGUCCCAAAAGGAAUGAACACUUAUGCCUAGAUAACAAUAUGAAAUAUGUAGCUAGUUUCAGUUGGUGUUUACUUUUGGCAUAUUCUACUCAACGAUUUUGAAAAGUAAAUUAUCUGUAUUCCAUUGAUAGUAGCAGUCUCAUUUUAAGGUUUUAAUCAAGACUUUUGGUUUGUAUUGUGUUUUCUAGCUUAAAAUUGUGCAAGGUUGUUAGGUUUUUUGUUGGGUGUCUUACUGUUGUGGAAUCAUAAGUCACCCUGUAUGUUGCAAUGUUUGACUUUUUGUUCAAAAUUA